AGAAAAAAAAAAAAAGGAAAACCCUAGAAGAAGAGAGUGGCGCGGCAACUUGUUUAUAAGAAACCCUUCAAAACCUUCGAUUUCCGCCUCUUUCGUUGCUCAAUUCUUUGACUGUUUCUUCUCUCUCCCAAAACCCUACCAAAACCCUAGCGCCUCCUUUCUCUUCACACUCGUCUGCUGCAAUGGAGUUCUGGGGUGUUGAAAUUAAGGCUGGAGAGCCACUUAAAAUUGAGCCUGAUGAUGACAUGGUUAUCCACCUUUCUCAGGCUGUUUUGGGUGAGACCAAAAGUAAAGGAAGUGAAACUGUCUAUCUUAACGUUAAAGUUGGGGACCAGAAGUUUGUGUUGGCAAAUCUUUCCUUGGACAAGUUCCCACAAGUGACUUUUGAUUUGGUUUUUGAUCAAGAGGUUGAAUUGUCACACAACUGGAAAAAUGGGAGUAUUCAUUUGUGUGGGUAUCAAGCCCCUACUGGACCAUAUGAGGGAGAUGAAAUGGAGGAAGGGCAAUUUAUGACUGACUCAUCCGAUGAGGAAGAAGAAGUCCCUGUAACUGCUGUUGAAAAUGGCAAAGGUGCUACUAAACCUGCAGCUGCUAAGGCCGCAGCCGGUAAACGUGUUGCUGCUCCUGCCAAACCUGAAGCUUCAGGAAAGGCUAAAGUUAAGGUUGUGGAGCCAAGCAAAGAUGAUGAAGAAGAUGACAGUGAUGAUUCUGAUUCUGAUGAUUCUGAUGAAAUUGAUUCAGAAGGUGAUUCUGAUGAGGACAUGCUUGAUGGUGAUGACAGCGACGACAGUGACAGCGAUGAGGAAGAUGAUGAAGAGACCCCUGUGAAGCCUGAAGUGUCCAAGAAAAGGCCAGCCGCCUCUCCUUCGAAGACUCCUGUUUCUUCAAAGAAAUCUAAAGCAGCAGCUUCUCCCAAAUCUGAUGGUAAGAAGGUAGCUCAUGUUAGUACCCCACACCCUUCAAAGAAGUCUGCAGCUAAGACUCCAGCCACACCUGCAACUGAUAAAUCGAAACAGACCCCAAAAUCUGCUGGCAACGUUUCUUGCAAAACUUGCUCCAAGAGUUUUAAUUCCGAUAAAGCGCUCGAGUCUCACACUAAGGCAAAACAUGCUUGAGAUCUGAAGAUGGAGAGAGAGUAGAGGUUGCUUUUGGAUUUUAAUUUUUGACAUAAAGCUAUAGGAAAGGGAUGAUGGUGUUUUUGGUGGUGGAAUGAAUUGUUUGGGACAAGUAUUAUGAAUUUUAUGUUAAGUUGUUUUAGGUUUCAAUGGAUUGAUAUUUUUACUCAAUCGUAUUAUAUAUUAUCUUUACAUUUUUGUUGUUA